GGCUCCAUGGGGGCCAUUUUCAUCAUGCUGAAAUCCGCCCUGGGCGCCGGGCUCCUCAACUUCCCGUGGGCCUUCGAGAAGGCCGGGGGCAUCCGCAGCGCCGUUACCGUGGAGCUGGUCUCCCUCGUGUUCCUGGUCAGUGGUCUGGUCAUCCUGGGCUACUCUUCGUCCAUCAGUGGCCAGUGCACUUACCAGGCGGUGGUGAAGGAGGUGUGCGGGCCGGCCAUCGGUCAGCUGUGUGAGAUCUGCUUUGUCUUCAACCUCUUUAUGAUCUCUGUGGCCUUCCUGGUUAUAGUGGAUGACCAGCUGGAGAAGUUGUGCGGCUCCCUGUAUGAGGUGGUAACCGGUUUGCCGGAGUCAGAGAUGCCGUACCACUUCUACACAGACCAGCGCUUCGCCCUGGUGCUGCUCUGCAUUCUCCUCAUCCUGCCGAUGUCCAUCCCAAAAGAGAUCAGCAUUCAGAAAUACAUCAGUGUUCUGGGCACUCUGGCUGCGACCUACCUGACCAUUGCCAUCAUCAUCAGAUACCACAGCACGGCGACUGUUAUGGUUCACAUCACCCCUCUGUACAGCAGUGGGAUCAGCUCCUGGGCCUCCAUGUUCAGCGUCAUCCCAACCAUCUGCUUCGGUUUCCAAUGCCAUGAGGCGUCCAUCGCCAUCUACAGCAGCAUGGAGAACCAGCGGCUCUCUCAUUGGGUCUUCAUCUCCGUGGUCUCCAUGAUCUUCUGUCUCAUCAUCUACUCCCUCACAGGGGUUUAUGGGUUCCUGACAUUUGGAAAGGACGUGAAGGCCGACAUUCUGAUGUCGUACACCGGCAAUGACAUUCUGAUGCUCAUCGCCAGGCUGCUGUUCGGAGUCUCCAUCAUUACCAUCUAUCCCAUCAUCCUGCUGCUGGUCAG